AUGGAAAUUGAUUUACUUGCAGGUAGAGGAAACAAGAGGUGUCUUGGUGUGAAUUUCCAUGAUUCACAUCACGAUACCAGACACCCAAACUCUUACGGAGCAUGUUUUGCGGUUCUAAAUGAAUUUCAGGCUUAUAACCUUCAUGUCAAUGGUGCAUACCACGCAAGCGUCCGAUAUUCAAAAUUGUUACGCUUUCAUGGGAAACUGCAUGAGCAUUUUGGAUCUGAUUUGAAACUCGCGGAGUUUCCAGCAAAAAAAUUUUUUAGAAAUUUGGAUAAAAACGCAAUUAAAGAAAGAAGACUAGGACUCGCCGCGUAUUUUCAAAGCCUUGUUCAGCAGCCAGCUGUUGCACAGCAUUACAUAACGGAAUGUUAUUUUCUGUCUUUCCAAGUGGAUUCCUUUCGCCCUUCUUCUAACAAAGUGCUUAUUGAUAUUUCUCUACCGGACGGCUCUUCUAAAACAAUACGCUGCAGCGUUCAGCAUUCUCCUGAAAUAGUUCUCAAGCGUUUUGCGGAGGACUUUGGUAUUGAACGAAGUCAUGCUGAAAAGUUUGGUUUAUUUAUUGCUAGGAAAAGAGGAUAUAGUGGCGGGAGUCAGUUAAUGGCUAUUGGUUCAGAGGAGGAGUAUCCGGACUUUCUGUGUAAAAAACUAGACUGUUUACCAAUCAUUUUUGUGACAAUCUUCCUUAAUUUAAUACCAGAUUUUACUGCAGGUGUUCGACUUCUUCGGAAUUUUGAAUCUCCAUAUGUUUCUUUACAAUUGUUAAACCGAAAAUCUGCUCCAUCUGGUGUUUUUUAUUGCUUACUUAUAAGGAAACUAGUUUGGGAUCCAAAAGUUGAAAUUACUCUUUUCAACGAUCCUGGAGCAGUAUUACUUCUCUAUAAGCAAGCUGUUUGUGAGUUACGCAAUGGCAAAAUAAACCCUCUCCACGAGUCAGAAAUGAAUGAGCUCAUCGAGGCAGAAAAAAAAGGAGCUUCUGCUCAGUUUUUGCGGUUAUGUUAUAACCAACCAACUUACGGAUAUGAAUGUCUGGAAGACUGUGUUAGUGAUUAUCCGGCUGUCGAUACACACUGUCACUUAAAAGUUGGGAGGAGAUGCAUUGUCUUAGAUUACGCUGAUUUGAAUAAUUUGGUGAGUUUUUACCCUAAUAUAGGGUUAGUUUUAUGUGUUUCUGUUAUUUAUAUCGUGCAGAGGGAAUAUUCUUACUUGAUUUUAUUUAAAAUGGAUGGAAAUAAAAUUACUCCUGUUUCGCCACUUAUUCUUCGUCUUAUAUUAACCAUUUUGAAGGAUGGAAGGUCGCAGGCGGUAUUUCGAGCAACCAGAAUUCGAGUAUGGCGCAUAGCUCAAAUUGCAGACUGCGAUCCAGAUUUUAUUUUUCAGUUUGAGUACCUUAUGUCGAAGGAGUUAUUUAAAAAUAUAACUCUACGGACAAGACAGGCUGUGCUUCUUUCUUUGAUUAUGCAAUCGUUUGGAGCUGAAAUUUUGAAACAUCCGAGACUGGCUAAUUACCAGUACUUGGAUGUACGUUACAUGAAGGAAGAAUCUUCAAAGUCUACUAAUAAUCCGGUGUUAAAGAAUAUCUAG